AUGCGUAGACCGGGGCUUACCCCACAAACCCGAAAAGAGAAGCCGAAUGCAAGAUUGAGAUUAUUCAACAUACCACUUUACGAGGCGGCGAGGCAAAAUGGCCUGAACGGCCAAGGUAAUUUGAAGAAGAAGAUUUGGGUGUUUUGUGUAAGAACACGAUAUAGUGUCGGUAUCGUUUUCAGGGAGAGGAAUGGCAUACCUUUUAUUGCGUGCUGCGUGCUUUGGGCACAACCAGGGAAAGGGCUGUGUGCGUACAAUUGCAUGAAGAGAAGAAGUUGCGAAAUUCGAGAACUCGCUCCGGUCGUCUACAGUAGAGAGGCUGUAGGCAUUGAUUACGAUCAUGGGAGUCUCGAGCGUAGUACACACUUUUCGUCUCUUUCGCGGAGAUCGCGCUCGGAGCUCGUCCUCAUCCGAGCGUCACUGAGAGCCGGCAAUGAAAAUCGGUUGAAAGUUCUCGACUACCGUAUAUCAAACACGCAUGUUGUGAAGCGGGACUUUGAGAAGUUCCCUUCAACUGGUUUCGUCGCAUUGCGUCGUCUACUCUCAUUCAAUUUUGUCCUCCGCUUCCCACAGAUUUUGUAUAUCGCCUCACAUCUUGCCAUCAUAUUUGUCUCCAAUACGCUCCACUGGCACAUUCCGCACUCUAAAUCCAAAGAAGUGGCUUAUUUUGGCUCGAUGCGCCAGGUCUACCAUAGUUUCAAGUAUCUAGCCUUUAUACAUUCGAUCUUAGGAUUCCAAGGAAUAGCUCCACCUCAAACAGAAGGCGCUUAUCUUUGUACAAAACUAGCGAGAACACCUUCAUCACCUAGAUCAUUGGAGAACCCAUUCGGGUCGGGGAACUGUAUGCCAGCUGGCAUGGGAUUGUUGGAUCCUUCGUUUACAACCUUCAGAGUCUUUGCAUGGAAAACCGCGUUUAAAAAGUGGCUUGACCUGCGUGUUUCGAGCCUUGAUAUGCCGCCAUGUUUCGUAUUCUUCGCCAUUCUAACUGAUGUUCGUAUAGAUCUAGGCACACCCAGACUGAACCUCCAAUUUCGAUUCCGACUCCAAGAGCUCUCGUCCAAGUGGCGCGAAGAGCACUCUUGCAUCAAAGCCGCUAUAAAAGCAGUCUUCAUGUGGAGGAAAAGUGAAGCAUCAGGCGUUCACCCGAUGUGCCUAUCCCCUCUUCACAAUGGCUUUGUCAACUUCAAGCUAGAAUCUAGAUUGCAUCCAAGAGAACCUCCUGAGGGGAUAGACGCUGGUUAUGAGGUUUUACAGUCCGUAGAAGUACGGUUGUACGUAUUGGUAAGCCGUACGUACGUAGCUGAGUACGGCUAUACGGCAACGUACCCAUCGUAUCGUACACGAUUCGACUCAGAGUUUGAGCCAAGGGAUAUUACAAUCAGUAACCGUAACGAUUCAAAUUCGUCCUACGACUAUACUUUUGCGCUGCGUAAUUCUCUAAUUUUACUAGUUAAGGUUACAGAAACGUAUUAUACAGCCUUUGGUUGGGCGGUGCGGUACGGUACGGAGUACAUCCUGUUGGAAGCACUGAUCACCGCUUCAGAAGGGUGGGAUCUUGUUGUUCUGAUUGUACGACCUAUAGGUUUCUGA